AUGUCAGCAGACCUUUUUGCAGAGUUCGGAACAGAACCUGGCUCAAACCAACAGCAAGCGUCCGGUUCCUUUGCGCAAGCGAGCGCGCAACCUGCACCAUCCUUUGGAUUCUUCGAUGACUUGAACACAACACCAGCACCGGUUACGCAAUGGCAACCGCCUCCGCCGACACAAGACUUUCAGGGUUCUAAGAUAACCCCUGCUCCGAUUGCAACUCCAGCUCCAUCAAAUGACGACACGGACGAUUGGGGUGACUUUGAAGGGGGCUCAUCCGCGCCCGAUGAACCAUCAUCGCAGAAGGCACCUAUCAUAAAAGCCAAAAGGCCAACAGAUUCCAGCGUACUAUUCGAUGCAGAGGAAGAUCUUGAUGAUGACGAUGAUUUCGGCGACUUUGAGGGAACGGAAUCCAAGCCCACUCCAACACUACCAACGGGAGGCUCCUCGGCGCUAGUCGAUUUGUUAGGGGACACGAAUGUGUUACCGAUCAAGCCUUCUGUCGCUAGCAAAAGAGGAGGAGGUCAUGCGGAUCGAAAAGUGAAGCCUGCAUUUACCGCGCAAAAAAGCUCUGCGAGUGGAUUUGGUAUAGUCUCGAACCCCAAACCCUCAUCGUUGGGAUCGACAAUACAAAAGGUAGACGACAGUUGGGACACAUUCGAUGAUUGGGAGGCUUCUAUUCCUACUCGACCUGUACCACAUGCCCAAGACAAGGCCAGAGCUACCAAGUCCACAACAAUUAGUACCAGUUCUGCGGCACCUGCGCCCGUAUUAUCUCCAACGUCAAAUGACCCGCAGCCUGGUGAACUGCCACCAACUAACGUACCGCCACCUGGCGUACUGCUCACACUCUUCUCUCCACUGUUCGCUGAAGCUCAGGACAAAUUGUUCAAGCCCAUGGCUGCACAAACACUCCCGAUGAGGAACAAGCUGUUGGCUGAGCCAGCUACGAUCAAGUUUCUUCAAGGCUAUCUGAUGCUAGCUUCUGUUGCAGCACACAUUAUAGCCGGGCGAAAACUACGCUGGAAACGAGACCAACACCUUUCCCAAGGCAUGCGAAUCGGACCCGCAUCAUCUCGAGCCACGUCGGGAAUGAAAUUGACAGGGAUCGACAAGGGCGAGAAUCUGAAGGAAGAGCGAGAAGCUUCAGAUGUGGUGAGAAUAUGGAAGGACCAGGUUGGCCGAUUACGACAUGUUGUCUCAGGUGCCAAUCAGAUCAAAGCUGGUGUCCUGCGCCCAGUGCCAGACCUUCAGGAGACGAUGCCUGUGAAGGCGCUGAAACAGUCAGAAGGUGGUAUUCCUGCGCGUCAGCCCUGUAUGCUGUGUGGACUAAAGAGGGAGGAAAGGGUUACUCUGGCAGAUAUGGAGAUUGAGGACAGCUUUGGAGAGUGGUGGAUCGACCAGGUCAACAUGCAUCGAGGCUGUAGAAACCUUUGGAAUGAGCACAAGGACAAGCUUCGACAACGCUGA